AUGGAGACCAAACCCAGAGUGAACAGUCAUUCCAAGCGAUGGAGCAAGAUGAAAACUCGCCGACAGCUUCCCGCAGAGACGGUAUCAACCCCGCCAGCAGCUACAGCCAUUCCCCCUCUCGAAGAAGAGUCCGAUUCUGAAAGUGAGGAUGGCUUGGACAGUGAAGACGACCUUGACGAAAGCGAUGAUGAGGAUGAGGAUCAAGUCGACGCUGUCCAACCUAGUAGCGCUGCCCCGACGCAAACGUCGAGUCUGCAAGCUCUCUCCUCAACGACUCUACCAACUCCCACUCUUGCACAGUCGUCUGUCCAAACAAGUGCAAUCCCAAAGAUAACCGCAGAGAGUGCAAUAACAGUCCCAACAUCAGCGGCUACGACACUCGACACAUCAGUCAUCCCGAGUUCCUCCAACCCAAUCGCCACUACUUCAGCCGUCCCUACACCAGCGAUUGUCUCCUCAGAAUCAUCCUCCACUCCCCUCUCCGCCACAAGCAUCGCCGCCAUCGGCCUGGGCUCCAUCAUCGGCGCUGCAUGCCUCGGCACUGUCCUGUACUUCACUCUCGUAUGCUGUUGCCGGCGUCGUCGACGUCAGCAAGAGCGCGCCCAAAAUGGUGAGCCAUACGGGAAUCCGUUUGGGGAGGGCCCCGGUGAUCAAGCCCCAAUCCUCAAUUACGCCUCACCCCCUGCCGUUGCCGAAGUCCAACCCCAAGGCCCUCCUCCUGGACUCAUGCCGUUCCGCCAAACCUUGUCGACCCUCAGGGACAGUGGAACAGAGAUUCCAACAUACGGCCAGGCCGUGACGCACAACCCCUUCUUCCACCCGAUCAUUCCCGGGAACGAGACGUCUCUGGAUGAGAAGCCUGUGCAUCUAUUCAGGGAGCAAGUCGAUCCGUUUCCCGAGAGUGCACGAACAAGUCAAUUCACGGGCAUCGAGGGGUUUGCUCCGGAGCCGAGGACUACACAACUACCACCACCACCAUCACCGCCGCGCCUGGAGGAACAAGAUCAAGCACCACCAGGGCCGCAAUUCUCGCGUUUCCCUGCCCCCGCCUCUCCUGUGCCAGUGUCUCUGCCCGCACCUGAGCUCGCACACAUCCACCCGACCCUCCGGCCCACGUCUCAUCGAUACACCGAAGCCCGCUCACGAACCGUCUCCUCGAUCAUCAACGGGUAUCAAUCGGCUGAAAUCCCCCCGUCGACAUUAAGUCCCAUGCGCAGCGUCUUCGCCGGACAGAGACACGAGUCCCUCACCCCGAGUGAGUCGGCGAGUAACCUGCCCUACGACCGCGAGGGGGUCAAGCGCGAGAUGGAGAAGUUGCAGGCCAUGGCGGCCAAGUUGGCGGCUUCCAAUGGCCGUGUUGCCGACGGAGUAGGAGGAGACGGACUGUAUGGGAACGCGAAUGGAAAUGGGCAGCGAUGGAUAUGA